GCAGUCCCUCCUUACGUUUUGACCAUUUCCUCUUUGUGAAUCGAAUGCACGAGCUGUUCGAUCGCGAUUAUCGAGGGGUCGAUUGGUUGACGUUCGGGCUCUACUGUUCUUUGUUCGGAUUUUUCGCUACUACUUUCUCGACUGGGGUUUUUCUGAUUCUUAGGGUGGCAAAAUUUGAGACUGCGCCUUGACAUUUCUUGCGGAAUGUGGUUUUCUCGACCACCCGUUUUGAACCAAUCUUUUGAACGUUGCGUUCAAAAUAGACGAAGAUAACGUUGCCUUUUCCUUCCACUUCGCUAAAAUGAUAUUAUUUCUUGGGCCUAAUAAGAUGAGCCCGCCAGCACUGUUUCUCUUUCCGAGAACCGGAUAAAGCAAUGGGUAAAGAAAUCAUGAAAGUGGCUACCGUUGGAAAAUCAAAUCGUGUUGUUGCUCGUGCAUCCAAGAGUAACUCUGAUCGAGCUAACGAUCUUUCUGGCGAACCUUCAACAAUUAUAGAGUCAGAUGAAGCUAUUAAUGGUACACACACUGAUGAAAAUAAAGGGCAAGAAGUGCCUUAUCUUAGAAAUGUAAGUUUGGGUCGGGGACGGGACAUAGCAGUAUACAAGUAUAGUGCUCAGAAGAAGCCAUCAGUAUCAAAGCCUGCUAAUGCUGGAAACCGCACUGUUCCUCAACCAUCAGUUGUUGCAACUGAAAAGCAUGUUUCAGGUGGAAAUCGUGCUUUUGAUGCUGAGGCAACUGCUAGUGGAGACAAAAAGGCUAGAGUAGAUGGCCGACAAUCAGCAAACAUCCUAAGAAAUGUUCAGAGUAAUUCACCUCUCAUCUCUGUGAAGCCUUUGCAACCUCAUGAUACAGUGCACCCAGACAAUGAGGAUUCUUGCUCAGUUACUUCUUCUACUGCAGCAUCUGUAAGAACUUUAAAGGGCAAGACAACUGUGGCAGCUGCCCCUACUUUUAGAUGCAGUCAGCGUGCAGAAAAGCGGAAGGAGUUUUACUCCAAGUUAGAACAGAAACACCAGGCUAUGGAAGCAGAGAAAGCACAAUCUGAAGCUAGGACGAGGGAAGAGCAAGAGGCAGCUCUGAAGGAAUUGAGGAAGAGUUUAGUUUUCAAAGCAAAUCCAAUGCCUAGCUUCUACCAUGAGGGUCCUCCUCCCAAGGUUGAACUAAAGAAGGUACCUCUGACGCGUGCUAAAUCACCCAAGUUCACUCCAAGAAAGAGCUACAGUGAUGCCAGUCCAGCUGGAGAUAACUGCAAUGGACACUGCGGUCGAUUUCAUCGUCAUAGUCUGGGCACUAGCCCGGAAGCCACCACCAUAAGGUUGCAGAACAGCCAUAAGAAUGUGAAAGGCAAACAAAGUCUCAAAUCCGAUAGAGAGAGUUCUAAAACCCUUUGUGUCAAGGUUACAGAUCAGACAAGAACUGGUGUCACCUUACAGACAUAAAGUGUGCUUUUACACGCAUAAAGCUUUAAGCUUAACUUGUAUCUUACAUCAAACAAUUUCCAUCAUCCUCCAUGUCAACAUGUAUGAUGCUGUAAAAUCUGUAAGUUAUAUGUGAUGCAUGUAACAACCUGAAACUUGAUUGGAACUGACUCAUCUUGUUCACUUGGUGAUAAUUUAUGUGAAAACCAUGAAUUGUAAGCAAAACAUUUCUUGAG